CAGGCCGUGUGUUCUGCCAGACUGAGGGAGGCGAGAUGGGAGGCAGGUGAUUGAGUGCUGCAGUGAUGACGGUACAAGCUGCUCUAUGCUCGUGCAGAGAUAUAGCGAAUGUUUCCGUUAUACAUCCAGAAGCAGUCAGAGGAACUCACAAUGACCGCUUUACUAGACUACUCGACUACUAUACGCUGUAAGAUGCCCUAGUCGAGGAGAGCCGACCUGUAAAUGGCUUCCAAAGUGAAAGAUGCUGUUGUUUGGUACCAGAAGAAGAUCGGGGCGUACGACCAGCAGAUAUGGGAGAAGUCUGUGGAGCAGCGAGAGAUUAAGUUUAUUGCUCUGGGCUUGAGGAACAAGCCGAAAAAGACGGGCCAUGUCAAACCAGACCUCAUCGAUGUGGAUCUGGUUAGAGGCUCUGCGUUUGCCAAGGCCAAACCCGAGAGCCCCUGGACCUCGCUGACCAGGAAGGGCAUCGUCAGGGUGGUCUUCUUCCCCUUCUUCUACCGCUGGUGGAUCCAGGUCACCUCCAGGGCCAUCUUCCUCCUGCUGCUGGGGCUGUACCUGCUGCAAGUGUCGGCGGCCGUGCUCUACGCGCUGGUCUCUCAGCCCCAUGGCAUCCCGGCCACCGAGGUGUUCGGGGCCAGCUGGCUCAUGCUGCUGCUGGGGACGGUGCACUGCCAGAUCGUCUCCACACGCACCCCCAAGCCCCCCUCCAGCUCAGGGGGCAAGCGCCGCAGGAGGUUGAGGAAGGCUUCUCAGAUGGAGGCACAUAGGGAAGGCGAUGGUUCUAGCACUACCGAUAGCACUCACCGGGGGGCGCCACACUCUGCCAGCCCCACAUUCAGCCUGGCCUCUCUCUUCCAAGAUUUCUGGCAUGAUCUCUGUACAGCUGGGUCUAAGAAGUCCAAGAUGUCCAUCGAUAAAUACACGGAGACGGACAACGGCUACGUGUCAUUGGACGGCCGCGUGACCAAUCGGAGCAGCGAGGAGGGGCUUCAGCUCCACGAGGCCCGCUGUGAUUCGCUGCCGCAGACGGAGGAGGUGUGCUGGAGCACCGCCCAGGCCACGCCCCCCACGCACGCCAGCCGGGGAACGGGGAUGAUGGCGGUGGGCGCCAAGGAGCCGGUGUCCGAGGAGGCGUCCAGCGAGGAGGACCCCGGGGCCUACAGCGCCCCCCGCAGGGGGGGGGAGAGAAAGACCAGCGACUGCACGCUGCGCAACCGCAAGACCCCCCCCCACUACAAGAAGCACUACACAGUGGAGGAGGCCCCUAAGUCGGGGACCAGCUCCAGCUCGCGCUGCUCCUCGCUGAGGGCCGGCCCCUCCGAGUGCCCCCGCCACGAGUCGGAGACGGAGGACGUGCUGUGGGAGGACUUCCUGCACUGCGCCGAGUGCCGCUCCUCCUGCACCUCCGAGACCGAGGGCGAGGGGGGGAGUGUGGGCGUCCCCCCCGUCAAGAAGGAGUACCGGGACGACCCGUUCCACCAGGGUCACGUCCCCUGGCUCCACAGCUCUAACCCGGGCCUGGAGCGGGUUAGUGCCAUCGUGUGGGAGGGGAACGAGUGCAAGAAGGCCGACAUGUCGGUGCUGGAGAUCAGCGGCAUGAUCAUGAACAAGGUGAACCUGUAUCCUCCUGGGAUUGGCUACCAGGUGUUUGGUAACCUGGUUGCUGUCACUCUGGGACUGACCCCCUUUGCUUACAGGCUGUCUCAGUACCGGGACCUGGAUCAGCUGAUGACCCUCUCGGCCAAUGAGCUGCUGUCCGUGGCGCUGGGUGGGGUAUCCGGCUCGGACGCCAUGGUCAUCGCCAUGGUGAUGCUGAGCUUCCUGGUGCGCGUCUGCCUCAUAUGGCUCUUCUUCUUCCUGCUCAGCGUGGCCGAGAGGACCUACAAACAGAGGCUGCUGUUUGCCAAGCUGUUUGGUCACCUGACCUCGGCCCGCAGAGCCAGGAAGUCUGAGGUUCCUCACUUCAGACUGAAGAAGGUCCAGAACAUCAAGAUGUGGCUGUCGCUACGCUCCUACCUCAAGAGACGCGGUCCCCAGCGGUCGGUGGACGUCAUCGUCUCCUCUGCCUUCCUCCUCACACUGUCCGUCAUCUUCAUCUGCUGCGCCCAGCUCCUCCAUGUCCACGAGCCCUUCCUGGAGUGUCACUAUAACUGGGAGCUGGUCAUCUGGUGCUGCAGCCUCUCUCUGUUCCUGCUGCGCUUCGUCACGCUGGGGUCAGAGACCAGCAAGAAGUACAGCAACACCUCCAUCCUGCUCACCGAACAGAUCAACCUUUACCUGAAGAUGGAGAAGAAGCCCAACAAGAAGGAGGAGCUGACCCUGGUGAACAACGUGCUGAAGCUGGCCACCAAGCUGCUCAAGGAGUUGGACGCCCCGUUCCGGCUGUACGGUCUGACCAUGAACCCGUUGCUCUACAACAUCACCCAGGUGGUCAUCCUGUCGGCCGUGUCCGGGGUCAUCUCCGACCUGCUGGGCUUCAACCUGAAGCUCUGGAAGAUCAAGUCGUGACAAUGAGGACGGACAGACAGACGGACGGGGGUGGUCCCUCCGUCUCGACCGGGGCGCGGGGCGGUCCAGACCGGUCUGAACCGGUCUGGUGAGACGGCCGGAGGGCGGGGGCGUCUGUCGGCUCGCCGGUGACAGCGUCUGAUGUUUCCCAUUUCUUUUUCGUUGAAUUUAUUUUGUUGUUGGUGCAAUUCAUUAUUUAUUUACCCACUCAGUGUUUUAAAGAACUAGGGUUUAUUUCAAACUUAGUUUCACGUUUAGGUUUUUGGACACAGAAACAAAAAGUAUUCCUAUUCUAGUUCUGAUCAAUAUGGAUGUUCUUGUCUAUGAUGGUUAACGUUCUCAGCCUGAUGGUCAAUUAUUUUUAUAUUUUUAUGUUUCAGGAGCUGCGAAAAGAGGCAUGCUUAUUUUUGUGACAACACAUUACUGUUACUCAUUUACCGGUAGACCCAAUUACAAAAGCCCCCCGCAUCCUUUUAGUUGAUAGUCUAUGCAGAGGUGAGGAAUUCCUACGUUGGAAUUGAGAUGUGCACUUUAAAUAUAUGAAAAAGGUCGUAAAAAGGUUGCAUUUAAUGUAAAUAUGUCACUGUUGCUGUUUACAUUAGCAAGAGGGCGUUGGAUUUCGUUUUUGUCCUUUUUUUGUCCUUUUGCUGACGAAGUGUUUGUGUGUUUGUUCUCCGAAGUAUGCUAGCAGUAGGCUAGCACUACGUAAUCACUAACGGGGUACCAUGUUACAAAACUCAUAGAUAAAUCUAAAUGCAAGGAUUGAAUUUUUGGGUUGCAAACAAACGUCCAACAUAUUACGAAGACAUUCAGUUUGUAGUUCGUUAGUAACCGUGACAACAUACAAAGGCUAGCAUAAUCAUCUUGUUUGAAAACGACCAAAGUGCUUUAUAUAUUUUCCCCCUGCUGGACAAGAAUGUAAUCCUGGCAUCUGCUUUAAAAUAUUGUUUUACUUCCUUUUUGGAAAUGCUUUAAACGGUGUUCAUGUUGUUGCUUUGUUUUAUUUAAAUACGUUUUUAUUUUUUGCAGUUUUACUUUCACCUUUCUCAGUUAUAUUGUCCAUGUGGUUUCUCACACCCAGUUUUGCUGUGUUUUCAAAGAACGCAAUUAAGUCCAAAAUGUGUGUAUGAAAUCUGGGUCAACAAUUAUAUACAAGCAUUUGUUCCUGUUUUUGAAGAAAGUAUAUCGAUUUUGUGAACUGUUGUCUGCACGAUCUACAUUUUUCUAUAAAGAUUUGAAAUGGACUGCAUAUUGCUUUAUUAUUCACACCUAUCUCACGUUGUAUAAGAAUAAGGCAUUUCCUUUAAAGUGAACCUUUUCUUCCUCAAAGCCCCCCUUCUUAGUCGCCGUACGUGCGGGUCUCGAACAUGCGCUGGUCAGAGGGUUAACCACAGGUCUGACCAGUCGGUGUAAUCUUCUCUUCCCUCAACGGACCGCGGUGAAUUUAGUUUUUGUUUGGAUAUUCGACGGAUAUUCAGUCCAGUUCCAGCCGCGACUUCACGGGGAUUUGCCCGACAAUAGCAGCAGGAGAACGGUUAGAGCACCUCUCAGAGCCUCGCGGUGAAUCGCUGGAAACUGAUUUAGGGACCGUCAAUAAACUACUUCUCGUAAAUAUAUGAAUACAAAAUACUUGCAGUAUAUUCAAUAGCUUCCAUGCCAUGUGACCCAGUGAAUCCAAACCAGUAUCCAAUUGUAGAAUUAAACCCUGAGAAUAGGACACACCACUCUUUAUGGUAUUUUAGUGCUUUCUCUAUUUUAUAUGAAUAUUAAUAUGCAGGAAUUAGGGCUGGGUGAUAUAUCGAUUAUAUGCAAUGUAUCGCGAGACGUUCUCCAGGGGAUGUAUAAAAUGCCCCUGUCGCGAACAUCAAAUACAAAUAGGCACGUAAUGUUACUUUUUACUUUUUUGUGCGUUCACAGGACGGGGCAACAAAAUGUGAUCAUUCCUGCUUAUUAAUAUUCAUAUAAAAUAGAGAAAGCCCUAAAAUACAAUACAAAGUGGUGUGUCCUAUUCUUAGGGUUUACCAUUAUUAACCUGUGUGUGUAACUGCUUCUUCUACCACAUCAGUAGCAGUGUCCCCUCCUGUUGGCUAGGGGGCAGCAGUGAGCAGGUCUGCUUCAAGGGCCGUUGUGAAGGAGCCUCGAGACCCACCCUGAGGAGGUCCUGAUGUACAGACAGACUGCUCUUUGAUACAAGUCUGCGUUGCUUUUAUAUUGUUGUUACCCCUUAUGUUUUUUCCAUGACAACCAAUAAAAAACGAGUGUUACCCGUUAUGUUUUUUUCCAUGAUGACCAAUAAAAAAAUAGUUUUACCCCU